AUGCAUCCAUUCGGGCGUGAGGAGGAGAGCUCAGUGCAGGACCUGUACAUCUUCUUUACUCAGUGUAUACAGCAUGGGGAGUGGGAGCUGGCUGCCGCCUGCAUUCACCAGCUUAACCAGGCUGCCGGAGAUGUUCCAUGUCAUCCCAAUGACAUCAUCACCGCCAUUGUUACACACCCGUACCAACUGGCAUGGGAAAAUGUGGGGAGUCCUCAUAGACUGGCCUGGUUUUGGCUACAGUUGCUUGAGAAACACUCAAAACAAAAGGUGUCUGAAUCAGUGAAGCGAGAGCUGACCUUCCUGCUGCUCUUAGAGGAACUUGGAGAGGAAGUACCACUGUCUGUAUUACAGGAGCUGCACCAGGUUUUCCUCCACUCCGAGCGUCUGUCAGAAAAGGACUCGAACUCAUCAUUAUCAUCUCCUCUUUCUUCCCUGAGCGAUGCAGUUCUCUCCUCAAUCCGGUCCCUCCUCUCCCAGCAUCACCCUCGUCUCACUCACGCUCUCCUGGGCUUCUUGAAACACAAAGAUGCAUCAAAUGUGUUUCUGCAACAUCUGCUGGAGCUUGUUAAAAUGACAGAGGAUGACAGGAGUGUGGGGUGGGCGGAAGAGGUUUGUAGUGCUCUGGCACUUGCUCCGGAUAGGGCGACAGAGCUGGAGGCACUGUGGGAGAGACUGUGGAGGGCGAGAAAGGGGGCUCUGAGCGAAGAGAGGAUGAUGGGAUGUCUGCUUCGACCACGGAGCCAGACGUUGCUGAUGCACUACUGUUCUACGGUGCUGCGGCUGAACAGGGACGCCUUGCUAAUGGACGCUCCACACAUACAAGUGGACCUACCUGAAGCAGAGAGGCUCAUGCUUGCCUUGUGCUGCCAUAGUGACCGUCGGGUGGCUUGGAAGGCCAUCUACUUUGAGUGUUUGAGCAGUGGGAAGCACUUUCUGGAGCAGGUUGUGGUCACCGGACUUGACCUUAUAAAGAAGGAGGAGUUUAGCAAGCUGGAGGUGUUGCUUGGGGCGGAGUUUCAGCCACUGUCCCGCCUCCUGCUUCUGCUAGGAUGGAAACACUGCCAGAGUCUUGACUCAGCUCAGACGCUGCUCAGGAUUCUCCACCACCAACAGACCCAGGCCAGUGAUGCAGUGCUCUGCGAGUUUGCAAACCUUCUCUCUUCUCAGUUAGGGGUGUUGGAGUGGUGCACCAAAAACAACCUAGAAAUUUCCCAUGAGGCUUUGCUGUCUCAGUUGCACACUCUGGAUCAGCAUUCUGCUCUUUAUGUGCUCCACUCUCUCACACCCAUCACCAAGUAUGACGAGCUCAAAGUGCUGGAGCUGCUGCAGGCUACAGGGGACUCUUCAUCAGGAGACACCCAGAACAGCUCUGUUCAGCGCAACGUCACCCUGUUCAGGGGGUUUUGUGCCAUGAAAUAUGCCGUAUACGCUGUAUGUGUGAACUGCUCUGACUGUGGCUUACUAAAGGUACCACAGAGGGAACAGUCUCAGGAAAGCCAGUCAGGUGAAGGCACCUCAUCCCUUUUCCAGCAUUAUCUCUCAGAGUGUCAGCUCUAUUUAGAAGCAGUUCCUGCCAUGUUUCGUCUGGAGCUUUUGGAGAACAUCUUCUCGCUGCUCUUCCUGUCCUACUCUGACUUUAACCAUCAUUCAGAGCCUGCACGAAGCUGCUGUGGUUUCCUGCUAGAUGCAGAUGCCAUGGAAGGAGUGCUAAGGCUCAUCAGGGAGGGUCUGGAGGGAAUGUGCUCCCUCGGUAGGGCACUGGAGGCCAAGGCAGAGCUGUCUGAAAGCUUGGGAUGCUCAGUUACAGUGGAGACUUUUAGCUCACGAUUACAGAGACUCUCGAAAUAUACAGCUGAAGCUCAGUGGAGGCUACAAAUCAUUACCACCAAUCAGUGUAAAACCAGUGGUGGACCACCUCUUUCCUCACCAAGGUUGAGCACUAAUCUGACACAGAGGCGCAGCAGCAGCGUGUCUGGUAGCAGGAAGAAGAAACGCUCUCUUCGGCACCGACCGGAACGACAUAACACCCUGGAACGGCAUAACGGAGAGAUCAGCGCAAGCACUUCAGAUGGCAGUGGCGGCAUUGCAGCGGUAACUGUGGAGCCUGAGGUGUGUACAUGUGGAGGACCUCACAGCUGGCUCGUGCCUGCUAUGCUCUCACCACCUGAAUCUCUACUGAUCUCCUGCAUUCGCAGAGGAAACUAUGUCGAAGCCCAUCAGGUGAUGCUAAUGUUUGGGCUGGAGAACGCCCCAUGCUGUGGCGAGCUUCUCUUCAUGGAGCGAUAUCGCGAGGUGCUGGCUGAACUCGGACAGGUUGAACAGAAAAUCGAGAGCCAGUCACUUUCAUCAUUGUCAUCAUCCACUGAGGGGCUAGGGUCUGCUGGGUUGACUGCAUCAGGACGGACCAGACUGGGCAGCAGCAGCAGAUCGACCCUGCAGAGCAUCGGCAAUGCAGCUGCUGCAGGCAUGGCGUUCUAUUCCAUCUCCGACGUAGCCGAUAGACUCCUCAGCACCCCUUCCCGGCCUUUGCCCUGUCUGGAGGAGAGUUACUGGCUUUCUCAUUCUUUCUCCGACCCUUCCAACAUGCUGUGUCCUUUGCUGGAAGAGCUGAGUCCAGCGGGCAUGGCUGCUUUUGACCUGGCCUGCUGUCAGUGCCAGCUGUGGAAGACGUCGCGACAGUUUCUGGAGACUGCUGAAAGAAGACUGCAUGCCUCAUUGGAGACCAGAGGUGUGGUCGUGAAUCCAGAUGUUUCACAUUCUGAAGGAAUUCAGGGUUUUUCUUUGGUACUACAGCAAGUCAGCAAAAUUCUCAACAGAACAUCAACUGGCAAAGCAGUACCCAAAUCAGAGUCUAACAAAGAGGAUAUUGCAGUGCUUCCUCCGUUCAGCUGCAGUGCACAGGAGGUGCUGCUCUGCACUCACUCCUCUCUAACAGAGGAGACCAUCGCCGCCUGGCUCUCACUUAUCCAGCGCCUUGAGGUCACACUGCAGACUCUGACCAACGCUGUUGACAUGGCUGGUGAAGCUCAGUCUGCCAGCUCUGUUCUGGCAUCUCUGUCUGAGCAAGCGGGUAUGAAGCAGUCCGAGCUGGACUGCCACCCUGUCCGAUCUUCUAUGAAACAACUGCUGCGCUCCCUCGACCAACUGUGCCCAUUCGAACUAGACAGUACCACCUGCAGGCCGGAUUACAUGCGCAGCUUUCUGGAUUAUGUGAACAUGCUAGCGUCAGUGCUGGUGCGCAGCCUCAGCUGUGAAGAUCAGAAUUCUGAGGUGAAGUUAGGAAAUCCUCUGCUGGUGCUGCUGCAGUCGCCCACUCAGCUCCUUUCACACCUACUGUUCGACAGACAGGUUCCACCCGACAGGUUAUUGUCCCUGCUGAGACAGGAGGGUCUCCAUGUGAACGUCCAGCAGGUGAUAGUCCAGCGCUGCUGUGAUCCCCUUCCCCUCUGGUUUCCUGGUUCUCUAAAGAACACAGGGCCUAACGCUGGUGCUUUCUGCCCCACCAAUAUUGCCUCUCUCCUUCAUCAGCAUGCUCAGGGCCGAACACCAACCCUUGAUCUUUGUGAACCGACCUCACUGCCUGAACCCAGCUCUGAAUCUGAUGCUUCAGUGGAAACCAGUGUCUCUCCGAAUCUUUCCACUUCUCCUCCUUCCCCAUCUUCGUCAAUAACCUCAUCAUCCUCCUCCUCCUCAUCCUCAACCGUGUCUUUUAUCAUCACGCCAUCUGCUUUGUCGUUCCUGAAAUCCCACUCUCCCCUCGUCGCCGCCCUGGCUUUGCUCAGCGCCAACCGGGUUGAGAUUGCCCGUGUGGCUUCAUCCGCCUGGCCUGGUCUGCCUGCAUAUUUCAGAAGCUCAGCACGUAAAGAAACUCCACUCGAUUCAGAGCAAAUCUCAAGAGAAACCGAGACUUUGUUGGCUUCCUUUCCGAUCCUGAAGUCUUUCUUGAAGGACAUGGCAGCACCCGUGCUUGGACCGUCUCUAGGAAGUGAAGAGGGCAUUUGUGUGGCUCUGAGCGGGAAGUCAGGGACAGCGGCUGUACUGUUCUCUGCUUCUCAGGAUGGAACGGAUCAGGGGAUGGUGUCUGAUGCAUUCCAGCAGGCUUUAAACACCAAAGAUCUCAACAGAGCUCUGACUCUGCUGGAGCUGUAUGCUCAGAAUGACAGCCAACAGGAGGAGCUGCGGGACAAAAUGCUUGUCUGUACUGCUCUGGAGGGAGAGCGUGGCACAGAACAGCUGUUCCGGGUGAAGGACUGGGAGUUACGUUCCCGGGUCGUGCUGCAGGGUUUGGAACUCUGGUCUUUGCACAGCUGUCUGGAGCUGCUGCAGUUCUGUCUCAGUGAUGCCAACCCGGAACAUCCGCUCACACUACAGCUACAGCAGAAGAAGCAUGAACUCCACAUGUACAACAGGAUGCUGAACCUGCAGCCUCCGUUGGAAUGGCAAACAUGGCAGCAGUUAAAGGAAGAGUCAAGCAGCAAGCCAGAGUCCAUGUUUUCCCUUCUGCUGCAGACAAAGGAGUUUGAUCUGUGUGCUCAGUGGGUGCAGUUAUAUCCUGUAUCAGACCGAUCCAGACUGCAGCUCCAAACUGAACACUUGCUGAAUCUACUGGAGAAAGGACGUACAGAGGAUGUCUUUCAGCUUCUCGAAACCCUCUCUGCUUCGCUGGAGGUGUGCGAGCGUGCUCUGGACCGGAGACCCGGAUUGGCCGCCUGUCACUUCCUGUCCGAUUACCUCACAUUGCACCAUCAGAACCGAAUGACACCAGCGAGAAGACGUCACAUACACACCCUGCACCUGGGCUCCAAGGUGUUGCUGACUCUACCAGAAACAUCUCGGCAGGAUUAUUUUCAGCUGUUGGCCGAUCCUCUGCUCAUGCUGGAGCAGCUGCUAAUGAACCUGAAGGUGGACUGGGCUUCAGCUGCCGUCUCCACCCUUCGAAACCUUCUGCCUGCUCAGGAUGCAGGAAUUACCAACCAGGACAUCGACAAAUUGUUGGCCGAGUACUCAAGGAAGGCCCUUGACUUUCCAUACGCCCCACGAGAGAGGACACGUAGUGACUCAGUGAUAAGCCUACAGGAGGCGCUGCUGCCAUGUCCGUUUCAGGAAAAUGCGCCAUCUUCUCCCAACCACACACCACCUCCAUCAGCAGGCAGCACUCCUGUGCAUACGCCAUCCCACUCCAGCCACGAUCAUGACAGAGACUCUGUAGGGAGGAGGCUUCGCUCAUCUGCCGCCAUGUUCACCCCUCCUGAGAAAACUCCAGAGCGUAAAGACUGGAUUCCUGACCACAAGAGGAACAUCUGUAUGGUGUGCCAGAGAGAGAGGUUCACCAUGUUUAAUCGGCGGCACCACUGUAGGCGCUGUGGCAGGUUGGUGUGCCAUGCCUGCUCCACCAGGAAGAUGUUGGUAGACGGACUUGACGAACCAGUAAGAGUGUGUGACCAGUGCUAUGGCUUCUUCCACCCUGAUUCUGAUGGAGAGCUGGAGCAGGCAGAAGCAGGCAGUCCGGCGACCACUGAUGGCGCAUUGGAUGGAGUGCUCAGUCUCCCUGAGGUUCCUCAGAGGCAGUACAGACUAAGUCCGAUCCCAGCCGAGAACCAGCAGCUGCACAGCGAAUUCUACUAUGAACAGGCUCCCAGUGCAUCCCUGUGUGUAUCCAUCCUGACCCUCCACGGUGAUCAUGCUGCCUGUGGACACCAGCUGAUCGAUCACUGCCGCUCCAUCUCUCACAAACUGACCAACCCAGAGGUGGACCCUCGCCUCCUGACAGAUGUGAUGCAGCAGCUUAUGUUCAGCGCUAAGCUAAUGUUUGUCAGAGCAGGACGAAACCAGGACCUCGCCCUGUGUGAUAGCUACAUCAGUAAGGUGGAUGUGCUGAAGAUUUUGGUCAGCGCUAACUACAAGUACAUUCCAUCUCUGGAUGAUAUUUUGGAGACGGCUGCAGUGAUGCGCCUGAGGAACCAGCUGCUGGAGGCUGAAUAUUACCAGCUAGCUGUGGAGGUGUCCACUAAAAGCGGUCUGGACCCAAGCGGCGUGUGGCACGCGUGGGGUAUGGCUCUCCUAAAGUCUGGGUGUCUCAGUGUUGCCCGGGAGAAGUUUGCCCGCUGCCUGAAAGCUCCAGUGGACAGAAACCAGCUUAACCUGGGGCCAAGGAUACUGCAGGAGAUCAUCCAGCACCUGGAGUCCACUGUCCGACUCACACUCAGCAAGACCCCAGAUGAAAACAUCCUGGCGUCCCUGGUGGAGCUGGAGGAGGCGCUGCGUGAUCUGGGCCCAGUGGAUCGGACAGAGACCCGGACACAAAAGUGUGGACACUACCAGGAGUGUGUGUACUACCUGCUGACGUACGGUACACACCUGAGCCUCAUCAGCUUCUAUCUGCGCCAGGACAGGCUAAAGGAUGCACUCACGCAUCUACUCAACAAGGAGUGUCCAGAUGAGGUGUUUUUGGAGGGCAUACUCCAGCUGUGUUUGGAACAAGGCCGGUUGCUGGUGCUGCAGGGGCUGCUUGAGAAUAUGGACCCAACAUUAGAGAGCUGGGGCCGCUACCUGAUAGCAGCAUGCCAAAUGCUGCAGCGCAAAAACCAUUACCACACCCUGUACCAGCUUCAACAGUUCAUGAUGGACCAUGUGAGAGCGGCAAUGACCUGCAUCCGGUUCUUCACGCAUGGUGCUCACUCGUACCUGCAGCUGGGUGAGCAGCAGCGCUGGCUGAUCCGAGCUAAAGAACACCUGAGAUCUUUUCUACAGGAGCAUCAGAAUCGCAGGAAAACCAUCUCUUCAUCUUCAUCCUCAUCUUCCUUCAGGAAGAAAAUGAGUUCCAGCGACGUCUCCAGACACAUGAACACCAUCAUGCUGCAGCUGGAAGUGACGCGCUUCCUUCAUCGCUGUGAAAGCUCCUCCUCCUCCUCUAGAGCUGCAGUAAACCCCGCCCCCACAAGGAACAACACCCCACCCACUCUUUUUGGAGGGAGUCCUAUGAAGGUGGAUGUGGCCUGUCGAGUGAUGUUGGGGGGCAAAAACAUUGAGGAGGGAUUCGGCAUUGCAUAUCGAGUAAUACAGGAUUUCCAGUUGGAGGCACAGGCUGUGUACAUGCGUGUUGGGCAGCGCUUGGUGUCUCAGCGUGAAUACCAGGCUGUUCGCCAGCUGCUGAAGUGCGUGGGUGAAUCGGGCACAGCCACGAAACAAGACUGUGAUGCCAUCGUGCUCAACUGUGUCUCGGCUGCAGAUAAAAACCUGGCUGAUGCCAAAGAGUUGGAGUCUUUGAUUUUGGAAUGCAAAACUACAGAGAACAAGAUCAAGGGUUUCCUGAUGUGCAGUAAGCUGAGAGCGGCGUAUCUCCUGGCGGUGAAGCUGGACCCGGUGAAGGCCUGUUCACAUGUACGAGAAGUUCUGCAGGCUGCAGAGGUCUCGAAUGACUCGGCUAUGCAGGAAAUCUGUCGACAGUGGCUCUCGGAACACCAGGAACCCGCGUCACGGCAUCGCCACAGCAACAACAGGUAGCACCAACCAUCUGUCGAGUAAUGGACUCCAUUAUACCACCGGAGCUCGGAGCAACCGAUUGGAUAGACUGAGUUUGUAACGUGAUCACCGACGUGCCCACUCUGAUCAGGUCAUGUGACCUGAUUCUUUAUGUCUAUAGCACAGAUUUAUUUAAUGCCGGCAUAGUUGGUAUUACACUGCACACUAUAUGGCAAGAAAUGACACUUGUGGAAUCAAUAAGUAGUUUACAGAGAUGUAUUUUAAAAAGGACAUCUGCCCAAGUGACAUGAAACACAAGUUGGCAACCACUGACAGGUGUCAAAUCCUUAACGUUUGGUCCAUAGUCUUACCAGGCCAGGCUUCCUCUCUAACAAGAUUUGACUUCUUGGAAGGUCAUUGCAUUUACAAGUGAUGACUUUAUUAAAAUAGCUUGAUGACGACAGGCAGACAGCACACACGAGUGGUUUCCUAGUGCCACCGAAACCGCUACAUGUGCUACAUAGUGUGUAGCUAUACCAUUCUAUUUAAUAAAGUAGUGUGUGAUUUGGGACACAUCCUGCUUCUGCGACUGUCUUUCCUUUGAACAAAUGGUGCAAGUGUCUCUACAUGUCAAAUUUCGUAAUUUUAAUUCCCCAUCCACUGUCACUGAGUGCAUUUGCAAUUAUCACGGACAUUAAUGAGCAAGACAGUGAGCAAAAGACUUGUCAGUUUAAAAUGUAUUUAUAAUAAAAGUCUAGGAGCAAA